AUGGCCAAGCGCAAGAAGGGCGGCAAGGGCUUCUACCAAUCCAAGAGCAAGAAGCACCGGUCCAAGGAUGAAAGGGCUGUGUGGUCCCGACAACAGCGCGCCGCCUUGCAGACUCCCCAUGCAGUCACUCCUCAUGUCAACACUGGUCCCUUCGACAAUGAAGUUAUUGAUGAUGUGCUUCCUCCUACCGCCGCCUCUCUUCGCUCUGCUGCUCGCAAGCCAACAACCACAGAGCAACCGGAUGAUGAACGACUGAAUGAAAUCUUGGGUCCCCCUUCGGAUGAUGAGCAGUGA